UUCAGAUAUUGUGGGCAUUCUGGCUGUAACUGCCCAUGAUUUCCCGAUGGAUCCCAACUCAGUUCUCCCAGGUUGCUUUGCUUUUCCACCCUGCUGGAGGGAGUUAGUUGACCUUCACAGCUGCCUUCAAGGACCCAGCAUUCCAGGAUCCUGUCUCAGCCCGAGGAGAGAACGCUUCCUCUUUGCUUUUCCUAGCCCACCUGGAGUAGUCUCCCCACCUCCAGCUCUCUCAGGUGUGGAAGCUGCUAAUGUCACCGUUUCCUGGAAGCCAGUGGUUUCUCAAGACUGUCUAGAAAGGCCUUCCACGUCAGCAGCAUGAAUGUGCCCAAAAAAAUGAGGCUGCUCCUGUUCCUGGUUUCCCAGAUGCUGAUCUUCGCUCUGGUCUUUCAUGUAUAUGACCACAACGUGCACUCCAAGUCCACGCAGGAGGAGCCCAAGCCCGUGCAUGUGCUGGUCCUGUCUUCUUGGCGCUCUGGCUCCUCUUUUAUAGGGGAGCUUUUUGGGCAGCACCCAGAUGUCUUCUACCUGAUGGAGCCCGCCUGGCACGUGUGGAUGACCUUCACACAGAGCACUGCCAGGAGCCUGCACAUGGCGGUGCGGGAUCUGCUUCGGGCUGUCUUUCUAUGCGACAUGAGUGUUUUUGAUGCCUACAUGAAACCUGGUCCGCGGAGUCAGUCCAGCCUCUUUCAAUGGGAAGACAGCCGGGCCCUGUGUUCUCCACCUGCCUGCAGCCUCUUCCCACGGGGGAAGAUCAUCCCCAAGGCUCAUUGCAAGCUCCUGUGUAGCCGACAGCCCUUUGAGGUGGUGGAGGAGGCCUGCCGCUCCUACAGUCACGUGGUGCUCAAGGAGGUACGCAUUUUCAACCUGCAGUCCCUCUACCCACUGCUGACAGACCCUUCCCUCAACCUGCACAUCGUGCACCUGGUCCGGGACCCUCGGGCUGUGUUCCGUUCCCGGGAACGCACCACGGGGGAGCUCAUGCUUGACAGUCGCAUUGUGAUGGGACAGCACUGGUACACUCUCAAGAAGGAGGACCAACCCUACUAUGUGAUGCAGAUCAUCUGCCAAAGCCAGCUGGACAUCUACAAGGCCAUCCAGUCUUUGCCCAAGGUCCUGCAGCAGCGCUACCUGCUCUUACGCUACGAGGACCUGGUCCGGGCCCCCCUGGCCCAGACUUCCCGAUUGUACGACUACGUGGGGUUGAAAUUCUUGCCCCAUCUCCAGACCUGGGUGUACAACAUCACCCGGGGGAAGGGCAUGGGUGAUCACGCCUUCCACACAAGUGCCAGGGAUGCCCUCAACGUCUCGCAGGCGUGGCGCUGGUCUUUGCCUUAUGAAAAGGUUUCUCGACUUCAGAACAUCUGUGGUGACACCAUGAAGUGGCUGGGCUACCGCUAUGUCAGAUCUGAACAAGAUCAGAGAAACUUAUCUCUGGACUUUUUGUCUACCUGGAACUUCCCUGAACAAGUUUUCCAAAACGGAGGAAACUCUGUCCCCACCUCAUACCAUUCUUAGCCAUGCUCACUGAACACCUUGGGGCCUUAACCAUGGACACAGGUGUGCAUGUGAGCAUCAGUUGUGCCCACACACACUCAAGCAGUGAAAUCUUUGUGUUUAUAUUUGUGUUUGGAAAAGAGACUCAGGAACUUCAUGUGAGUAGAAUCUUCUACUAAUGCACAGGGGAGUUGCCCUUCUCUUCUUGGUUUUCCUCAUGGCCAGGAGGCCUCUCAGACACCACACAGUAUCUGUGGAGAAAAUCCAUAGGCUUCCCCUGUCUACUUCUUGCCCAGUGGGAAAAGGGAGAGACAGUAAAAACCAGGGAAAUGGGUCUUUCACCAGAAAGCACAUUCCACAGAGAUGUGAACUCUGAGCCCUAUGAGUUCAGGAAUUUCUAGCCUAGUGGACAAGUAAAACCAGGAGUGUAGAAUUUGAGAGCCCCAGACAAAUAGAACUUAUUCGCAGUGGACUCGAGAAAGGAAUUGGGAACAGAGUUGGGUGCUUACUUGGGACCUUGACUAUGGCAGCUAUUGGUCAUCACAAACCUGAAACCAACUCUGCAUAACAGAGCAAAUUCUGAAGUUGUGAGUUGGCUGGGCCCGAUCUGGAUAUCAUUCCCCCCCAGUAUUCUCCUAGCAUACAGAAGUCUUUGACCUGUGAAGUUCUAUCUGUUACCGAACUCAAAUCGGGUGCCCUCGCCUGGGUGCCAUAAAACCGAACUAUAGGUACACGGUGUGAUGAAGGAAAGUACAGCUUAUUGCAAAGCAAGGAGAGCGGGCAGCUCAUGCGGAAAAGAUCCAGUCUCCCGGAGGUGUUCCUCACAUGCGUUUUUCAGGGCAAAAUUAGGGGCAGAGGUCCCAGGCGCAUGAUCAGUUCAGUGACUGGUUCCAGAGGCCGUGAUCACCUCAUGCAUAUUUUUGAUUGUCAAGGGCUUAGAUAAUCAAAUUUCUGUUCAGGUUUCUGAAGCCAUUCAGCCUGGGGUCUUUGAGCUCACAGCCAGCAGCCUCCAUCCUACAAAACAUCUUCCAUAUUGAACCAAAGACCUUAUAUUUCCUUUAAGUGAGAGUUUUCGAGGUCAAAUGGCCUUUAUUCAUGGCCAAUAUCCUUUCAUUAUCAUAACCAAAGUCUGAAGUCUUACUUUUCAAUCUGGGCUAUUACAAUGUAAAUACAUUUCUAUGCCAAGAACCUUAGAAAAUACACUUUACUUUUAGUUCAACCCUUA